AUGGCCAUUUUCACCACAGUCAACGUAAUCAUUUCCCUCCUCGCCAUCUACCUAACCCGAAGAAUUCACUGUUACUUCACCACCGGUCGACGUUUGCGUGCAUUCGCCGCCCAACACGGCUGUCUCUCUGCCAAAAGGCGCCAAACACCCUUCACCUUCGGUCUGUGUUUCUGGUACGCCCAGAUCAAAGCUAUCAAAGAGCACCGUUUGCUACCGCACAUGCAAUCCAGCUUCUCUGAGCUCGAAUGCCAUACACGGCACCACUACAUCCUGGGAACCGACAUCUACACCACAGAAGAUCCAGAGAAUGUCAAGGCCGUGCUCGCCACAGAUUUCAGCAAGUGGAGUCUCGGCCGCGAACGCAUCGAUGAAAUACGAUCCUACCUCGGGAUGGGCAUUUUCGUCAACGAGGGAGCGGCGUGGAAGCACUCUCGCGAGAUGCUGCGGCCGUGUUUCGAGCGCAGCGUUAUCUCCGACACAGAAUCUCUAGAGCGACACGUGCAGCGCCUGUUUGAGCUUGUGCCGAAAGAUGGGAGCGCGGUGGACCUUCAGCCCCUAUUGCAUGAUCUGAGUAUGGACAUGGCGACCGAUCUACUGUUUGGACGGAGUACGAAUGCACUCGAUAAGGGACAGAACGCGAGCGAGGUGCAAGCCUUCUGCGAUGCAUUCGACUACGCAUCCAACCCUUUUGAGCGAGAAGCAUUCAAGAAGUGGGGCACAAUCACGCUCUUCCUGCCCGAUCGCUUUAACAAGGCGAAGAAGAAGCACGUCAAGAUCAUGCAAGACUUCGUCGACCGUAUCAUCGACGCGCACAUCGCCGGAUCUAGAACAGAAGGAAAGCAACGAUACAACUUCAUUUCUGCCCUCCUCGAAGCGACUCCAAACCGUACAACAAUCCGCUCCGAGCUGCUCAACAUCCUGCUCGCCGGCCGCGAUACCGUGGCCUCCCUCCUCAGCAACCUCAUCUGGAACCUCCCGCGCCACCCCUCCGUUCUCGCCAGACUCCGGGUUGAGAUCGAGCAAGCCGUGGGUAGUAAUGCGCCGACCUACGAACAGCUCAAGGAUAUGAGAUUCCUCAAGGCCGUCGUGAGCGAGAGCCAGAGACUGUAUCCCGUCGUCCCCCUUAACUCGAGGGAGGCGUUGGAAGACACGUUGCUCCCGCGCGGGGGCGGCGCGCAUGAGAGUCAGCCCGUGCUCGUGCCCAAGGGGAGCUAUGUUGCGUGGCACAUGUACAGCAUGCAGCGCCGUUCCGACCUUUUCGGGGCUGACGCUGAUGCGUUCCGCCCGGAGAGGUGGCUGGAGCCGGGGUUCAGGCCUGGCUGGGCGUUUGUCCCGUUUUCUGGUGGCCCCAGGGUGUGUAUUGGGCAGAGCUUUGCGCUGACGGAGGCCAUGUAUGUUGUGGUGAGGUUGGUGCAGGGGUUUGAUAUCGAGAGGAGGGAUUUCGACGCGUGGAGGGAGAAAUUCAGCAUCACCUGCACGGGGCUGAAUGGCUGCAAGGUCGGAUUGACACCUAGGACGUGA